GCGUGCCGCUAUGUCGAAGUAGCGUCGCGUGUGAUAAAAAUAUUAUUUUUAAUUUUAUGAUUGGUUUUUAAAAUAAAUUUGUGCAGUAAAAGGGAAAAAACAGUGUAGUUUUUCGAAAAUGUUGGUUUUAUUUGAGACACCGGCGGGUUACGCUAUUUUUAAGUUACUGGAUGAGUCCAAGUUAUCCAAAAUCGAGGACCUGUACACUGAGUUCAACACACCAGAAGGAGCUGCUUCAGUUGUCAAGCUAAAGAACUUCAUAAAGUUUGAGGACACCACAGAGGCUCUGGCAGCUACCACAGCUGCUAUUGAAGGGAAAGUCUCUAAAACACUGAAGAAAGCCCUCAAGAAACAUGUUUGUAAAGAGGUGCAGGACCAGCUGCUUGUUGGGGAUGCCAAACUCGGAAGUGCCAUCAAAGAGAAGUUUGACCUGCAGUGCGUCUCCAACUCCAAUGUCCAGGAGCUGCUCAGGUGCAUCAGAUCACAGAUGGACAGUCUCCUGACCGGCUUACCAAAGAAAGAAAUGACUGCCAUGGCUCUCGGUCUGGCUCAUUCCCUGUCCCGAUACAAGCUCAAAUUCUCCCCGGACAAAAUUGACACCAUGAUCGUACAAGCCCAAUGCCUGCUAGAUGACUUAGACAAGGAGCUCAAUAACUACAUAAUGAGAUGCCGGGAGUGGUACGGCUGGCACUUCCCCGAGCUGGGAAAAAUCAUCACUGACAACACGCUGUUCGUGAAAAUAGUGAAGUUAAUAGGCACAAGGGAUAACGCUUCCAAGACAGAUCUCUCAGACAUUCUGUCCGAAGACCUAGAGGAGAAAGUCAAGGAGGCCGCAGAAAUAUCUAUGGGUACUGAGAUUUCUGAAGAUGAUAUUGUGAACAUUCAAAACUUGUGUGACGAAAUCAUCUCCAUCACAGACUACAGAGCCCACCUCACAGACUAUUUGAAGGCGAGGAUGAUGGCGAUGGCACCCAACCUGACCGUGCUUAUCGGUGAGCACAUCGGUGCCAGACUCAUAGCCCACGCUGGCUCACUGAUGAACCUCGCCAAGCACCCGGCCUCCACUGUACAAAUAUUUGGUGCCGAGAAGGCACUAUUCAGAGCUUUAAAAACCAAGAAAGAUACUCCUAAGUAUGGUCUCAUUUACCACGCUCAGCUGGUCGGCCAAUGCAGUACAAAGAAUAAGGGAAAAAUGUCUCGAAUGUUGGCGGCGAAAGCAGCUCUGGCGACGCGUGUGGAUGCUUUCGGUGAUGACGUGUCGUUCGAGAUGGGGGCAGAACACAAGGUCAAGCUGGAGAACAAGCUGAGGCUGCUGGAGGAGGGCAACUUGAGGAGGAUCAGCGGCACCGGCAAGGCCAAGGCCAAGUUUGAAAAAUACCACAGCAAAUCUGAGAUUCACCAGUACCCAGUAGCAGCUGACAGCACGAUUGGCAAGAAACCCGUCAAGAGGGAGCACUCGCCAGAUGAGGAUGAACAGUCCGCCUCCAAGAAGAUCAAAACAGAAGAUGGUGCUGAAGAUGUCAAACCCAAAAAGGAAAAGAAAAUAAAGACGGAGGUCAAAGAGGAGGCCGAGGAGCAAAACGGAACAGAACCCACCUCGGAGAAGAAGAAGAAGAAAAAGAAGAAGUCCGAGGAGGAGGUCAAGCAGGAGCCUGCAGACGACACGGAGGAGCCCAAGAGUGAGAAGAAGAAAAAGAAAAAGAGACAGUCACAGAUGGAAGAGUGAUCUACCUCAUGUUAUAGUCAAAGUCUUAAUUCUCGUGAUAAAAAUGGUCAUUUUGCAGUAUUGCAGUUUUAGCAUAUUGCUUGAGACUGGAGCCAGAAAUUGAACAUUUUAAUCAGCAGAAUUGGCCCUCGGAAUGUGUGCGGGUGUGCAGUGUGACUGAACAGGUUGCCAUGUAUCAGCUAAACCUCAAAGUAAUUAUUAUUUCCAAUGUUUGAGACAUUGGUCUCUUCAACCAGACUAAAAGCAAGCUACAAAAUACUAAUAAAAAAAUGCUUGCAAAAUUCUAGCAAAAACAAAAAAUAGUUCCUUUUUUACUGCUUUGUGCUUGUAUUUUUAUUACGUUUUUUAAAUUCAUGAUACUAAGGUAUUAUAGAGAGUAAAGUGCAAAUCUUUAUUUUUUCAUAUUAUUAUAAUUGUCUC